AUGCGCGAACGUGACAAGGUCUCAUGGACCGCCCUCAUUGACGGCUUCGUCAAAAACGGACUCCUCGAAGAAGCCCUGCACCACUUUCAAGAAAUGCAGCUGACGGCCCAGAUUGUGCCUGAUUAUGUCAUGAUUAUCUCUAUUGUGGCGACAAGGGUCACUUGGAACAAUGGAUGUGCGAUCUGCCAGUCAACGGCUGCGUUUGUCGGUGAGGCGCUUGAUUGUUUUAGUGAAAUGCAGAAGAUGGGUGUCCAGCCUGACGGCGUUACCUUCACCGGAGCUCUGACUGCUUGCAGUCAUGCUGGUUUGGUCGAUGAGGGACUUAACUACUAUAAACUUAUGCAAAGGAAAUAUAGUAAGAUCCCGAUGAGAAUUGAGCAUUAUGGGUGUGUGGUUGAUUUGUUAGGCCGAGCUGGGCGGCUAGAGGAGGCAAUGGACUUGGUGGAGAGAAUGAUGCCGGUGAUGGGUCCGAAUGAGGUUGUGUUGGGCUCUCUACUUGCGGCUUGCAGGAUGCAUAAAAACGUCGGUUUGGCUGAGAAGUUGAUGGGCUGGUUGGUGGAGCUGGAGCCUGACACAGAUUCGAAUUUCGUGCUGUUAUCUAAUAUAUAUGCGGAUGUCGGGAGAUGGGAUGGAGCUGUGAGAGUGAGGAACAUGAUGAAGUCGCUCGGGAUAAAGAAGAGUCCUGGAUUCAGUGGUGUGGAGAUCGACGGCAAUUGCCAUGAGUUUGUGUCUGGAGAUAGGAGGCAUAUGCGAUCGGAGGACAUAUAUGAUGUGCUAGAACUUCUCAGGUUUGAGAUGAAGAUGCGUCGUUAUGAUGGCUAUGAUUGUGAACUUCAACCAUUUAUCGGUUGAUCAUCUGACAGUGGAUGAACAGAAAGUGCAUUGUUCUCUAUACUAUUGACAACAUAUGGCGAGGCAAAGAAGAGGCCCUCGUUCAAUUAAACAUGUAGAGAUGCAGAUGCCGAUGCCGAUGCCAAUGAAGUGGGUUCUUCAGGUUAUUGCUCGGCAAGUGAGGGGCAGCAAAAAAGGUUUGCAUAUAUGCAAUCCCGAAAGCCGUCAUAAAUACUGAAAGCAGACGUGUUACCUGAUUGAUGGACCGAGGUGUGACCCUGUCAUUGAUACAAGGAUCUAAGAUUGCAACAGAUUUUGAAAUUUCUUGAUGUGGACCUUGGGAAUCUGGUGUUGGAGUUCUCGUCUUCUCAACUACUGCUCACUAUGUAUUUGUGGACUUUCUAAAUCCCACAUUAGUGUAUUUAUAGUCGUCUAAUCAAUGAAGGGUGUUGCUACAAGGAAA